AUGCAACCUACAACCAAAGCUCCAGAAGAAAAACCCAUGGAAUGCAUUUCAGUAAUUAACAUUCCAGUCUCUUCUCCUUCGCCCUCACCUCCGCCCGUAGAUGCCUCGAGUCCGACAAUACUCGCCAUUCAAACCCGUCGUUCUAAGCGUCGUCUCAAUUCUGAAAUCUCGACUCAAGACGAUACCAAAGCGUCAAAGUCAAGUUCUUCCACGUCUAAAGGAACCUCACCACAACCUACAGCUAGUUCUUCGUAUACUAUUACAAAGACUUAUAAACGUCAGAAAACCAUUUCAGCAGAAACAAAUGACGCGUUCGCAAAAACCAAAGCUUCCUAUGCUGCAGCAGAAUUAGCGAGUCUCGGUCCCCAGCAUCACGAUGAAAAGAUCUUUAAAAAUUUUCGGUUGCGUCGUAUAGUCAAAGAAAAUCAUGGCCAUGAUAUUAAUCAGUUGGCGUUCUUUUUCAAUCUAAAUAAUUAUGAUGCACCGAUUGGAUCCGAAUAUCGUAAGGAUUAUAAUAAGCAUGGACAUGUGGUUCGCGAUGUAAGCGAUACGAGUAAUAUAUUGUCGAGCGUUGGUGAUGCGCAGGCAAACAUUUACGAUAAUGAGCACUGUGGUGAUCAUUUGGAUAUCAUGUCGAAUUUCUCAUUAGAGGAUGAAUCAGGAAAGAAUUUCAACGUAUCAGAACUAUUGACUUGUUGCUGGUUACAUAGUCCAAACGAUGCUUUGUUGGCAGUCGCUGGCAGAUCCAAAAUAAUCUACAUAAUAAGCCUUGCGACUUCGUCUACUUUAAGAGAAUUAUCUGGUCACGAAGAUACAAUCAUUGAUAUCACUAAGCAUCCAAAGGACGACCUGCAUUUAUUAUCAGCAUCCAAUGAUAAUACCGUAAGAUUAUGGAAUACAGAUACCAGUCAAUGUUUGUACACAUUUGAAACUAGUGCAUCAGCGAUAUGUUGGCAUCCCUCAGGUAAAAUUUUCUUGACCGGAAGCUACAAAGGGCACAUUUUACAAUGGUUGAUGCCAGAUCGAUCACUUGAUUCUGAGAAUACUCGAUGUUUUACGGAGAAAGAUCUUGUGAUCAAUAUGAGUGAAUUACACAUGGAUGCGAUAGAUUGUAUGCGUUUCGUCAAUGGCAAUGUACUGACAAAGUCAAUAGAUGGUAAGUUAGAACAUUGGAACCCAGAAACAAUGUACAUAUACAAAUCAUAUAACAUCAAGAACGGCUCAAAUAAUCGAUCACGAUUUGACGUGAGCUUGGAUGGUUAUUUUUUUUGUGUUGGUACAAAUAUCGGUAGCGUGUGUGUUUAUAACUUAAAAACGGGAAAGUUGGUCACUGAACUUCGGCAUCGACGUUCAAUCAAAGCGGUCAGAUGCUGUGCGUUUACCAGAGAUUACAAACAAAUCGUAGCAGGUGGAGAGGAAUCUUUUAUUUGGAGAUAUGAUUAUGUUAGCAAUGAAACCUUGGAAGAAUGGGAAAAGUGGACAUCCUCGGAUUGA